CCCCCAUGGGGGACCUGGUCAGAGAUAUACCAAAUACCAACUCAAACACAAGGGACAGUUUUUGGAUACUUCAAAGCUUCCCACUUGUGUGUGAUCGGAGAUGCUUCAGAACUCUGCUGAAUUCCGCAAUCUUGGGAUGUCUAAAUCCAAAGUCUGGACCUGGGGAGCUGUCUUUGUCGGCUGCUUCUUUCUGUCUUCACUCCUUGUUGGAGCACAAAGUUCCAUCACUCAGCAAGAUGAAGAGAAUGUUUGGAGUUUACAUUGUUCCUUGAGAACAGGACUUCAACUUGAUAACAACCACUUUGAUGAUGGGACCACUAUUCCAGAAUCGUAUGGAAGCAUUCCCACAUUAUUGAAGUUGAGUCUCAGGAAUUGCAACUUGCAAGGAUCAAUCCCUGACCUAAGUGGGAUACCCAACCUUGGUUAUCUGGACCUGAGUUCAAACCAUCUAAGUGGACCCAUUCCUACUAAUAAGCUUUCAAAGAAUAUCACAACCAUCAAUUUAUCCAACAAUGAGCUUAAUGGAACUAUUCCUGCCAGCUUUUCGGGUCUACCUCUUCUCCAGAAACUGAUACUUGCAAAUAAUUCAUUGAAUGGCUCGAUUCCAUCCUCCAUUUGGCAGAACAGGACUCAAAAUGCAUCAGAGAGUCUUACAGUGGAUUUGGAGAACAAUUCUCUGGACAGUAUUUCUGGCAGUUCUGACCUCCCUCAAAAUGUCACUCUCUGGCUUAAAGGGAAUCCAAUAUGCUUGAAUGUGACAAAUAGCAAUUUAGUUCUGUUCUGCGGAACUAAAAGUGAGAAUGAAACUAUAAUAAGCACUGCAACAAACUCCACCGCUAACUGUCUACCUGAAUCGUGCCCUUAUGAGUACUCCCCUACAUCUCCUAGCACUUGCUAUUGUGCUGAGCCUUUGCCUAUAGGAUAUCGAUUGAAAAGUCCUGGCUUUUCCGAUUUUCGUCCAUACAUAAAAGCAUUUGAGGUGUACCUGACUAUAAGUCUAAAUUUAAAUGUUUAUCAACUGUACAUAUAUUCAUUUGCAUGGCAAGAAGGACCACGACUGGGAAUGUACUUGAAGCUUUAUCCUGUUUUUGAUCCCACUAUUAGCAGUACUUUUUUGUUCGAUAAGACUGAAGUCAGCCGAAUUAGGAGGAAGCUCACUGGAUGGAUGAUCCCUGAUAGUGACAUAUUUGGACCUUAUGAACUUAUAAACUUCACUUUGCCGGAUGCCUACAAGGAUGAUAAUGUUGCAGAAUUUGACACCCCUUCAUUGGGGAUGAGUUCAGGUGCAUUGGCUGGCAUCAUACUGGGGGCCCUUGGUGGUGCAGCUGCAGUUACAUUGUCUGCAAUUGUUUCAGUUAUUUUCUUGAGAAGGCGCCUGAGGAACUACCGUGCAGUUGCAAAACGACGUCAGGGUGAGUAUCUUAAAAUUCAGAAGAUGAUGAGCAAAACAGAAAUAGAGAAAGAGUGUUGGCCUUGCAGCAAUGGCAGCAACGGCAGCAACAAAACUGAGAGUUUUGGAGGAGUUUUGGGUCCAACCUCAUUUAACCUGAGAUUUUAUCUCUACACAAGAAUUUAGAAACAUACAAAGGAGGUGGACACUAACUGUUAAUUUACCUUUGAAAUGGUCUUGGUAACUUCUGCAGUUUCUGUGUUCUUGUGGGAUUUCUCUGGUGAAUUAAUUGUUGGCAGAAUGCAUUAUAAAGAUGUGCUAGCUGCAGUUUCCCACAUGACAAUGCAGAUUGGUGAUUGUGUGUGAGUUGAAAUAGCAUUCAUGUAAUAUGAAACCCAGUUGGACUGGGGAGUAUUAAAUCCCGUUGGACUGAGAAUAUGAAACCCAGUUGGACUGGGCGUGUGAAGAGAUGUUAUUAGGUCCUUUGUGAAUCAUGGAAAUUAUGGCUGGGCCAUUUGUAAGGUGGGAUGUACACCCACAGGAAAUCCAUGGAAGUAAUUUGCAUUCUCUUGAAAACAUUUAGACAUGCAUAAAGUUACCUUAAGUUUAAAAGUGUUUCUAUUGAUAAAACAGAAUCUGUCCUAAUGUCUGGAAGAUACGACAGGCUUCUAGUACAAUUUUAUCAUCGAAUGCACACGGAACCACAUUGAAUACUGCAGAGAACAGUUUCUGGUUUGACUGAAUUGAAUAUUAAUAGUUUGUUAGGCUAUUUGUUACUUAUUGAGUUUUACAGCUCAUAGAAAUAUUGUUUUUCUCUGUUGUUACAGGUUAGUGUGUUAUAUAGCAGCUUAUAAAUACUUGGGAAGCGUAGGAGUACUUCAACCAGCCAAAGACACAGCUUGGCAGUUGAGUUGGUAAUACAAACUUGUUUUAUGGCCAAAACCUUGUCAUGGUUCAUGAUUAGUUGUAGACAAGCAGGUCAUCUAAAAGUUCUUUUGUGUACAAAACUUAGUUUUCUACUUGAAAAAGAGAACUGUACCUUUUGUUGACAAUGUAAAUAUGUUGUUAUGUGUAAUUAAGCUCUGGGACUAGAUCUAAAUCAAGCCAAGCUUGUGGAUUGUAUGCAUAUAAAAUCCACUUUGAAAC